CGACCCUCCAGGCUAAAUUCAAGGCCCCCCGGCAGGGUCAGGGAUUAAGGAAUGGCUUUCUUGCUGUGGACCGGUGUGGCUCUUCCAGUUCUGCAUCUGUUACAGAUCUUCGCAUACCCAAGAGUACCAAAGUACACGGUCAUAAAUGAGAACUGUCCCGGAGCCGAGUGGAACAUCAUGUGUCGUGAUUGCUGUGAAUACGAUCAGAUUGAAUGUGUUUGUCCAGGGGGCAAUUAUAAGGUGGGCUACACCAUCCCCUGCUGCAGGAACGAAGACAACGAGUGUGACUCAUGUCUCAUACACCCAGGAUGCACGAUCUUCGAAAACUGCAAGUCGUGUAACAACGGCUCCUGGGGAGGAACGCUGGAUGACUUCUAUGUGAAAGGAAGCUAUUGCUCCGACUGCCGGAUCGGCUGGUAUGGAGGGGACUGUAUGAGGUGCGGUGAGGUUAUUCAGUCGCCCCGCGGGGAGAUCAUGCUGGAGAGUUACCCGUUCAACGCACACUGCGAGUGGAGCAUCCAAGUAACCCCCGGAUACACAGUGGAACUUAGGUUUGCGAUGCUGAGCAUAGAGUUUGACUACAUGUGUCAGUACGAUUACUUGGAGGUCCGUGAUGGGGAUAACGUGGACGCCAAGGUGAUCAAACGUUUCUGCGGAAAUGAGAGACCUCUGCCUGUCCGCGGUUCUGGGAACGCUUUACAUCUCCUCUUCCGAUCGGAUGGAUCAAAGAACUUUGAUGGAUUCUAUGCCACUUUUGAAGAACUCACAGUGUGCUCGUCCUCUCCGUGUUAUCAUGACGGUACAUGUAUUAUUGAGAAGGCUGGCUCCUAUAAGUGCGCCUGUCUGGCUGGCUAUACGGGAAAACACUGUGAAAAUGUUUUGGAGGAGAGGACCUGUAAAGAUCCAGGUUCUCCACUGAAUGGUUACAGAAAGCUGCCCGAAGAGGUAGAUCUGAGACAUGGAAACCAUUUAAAGAUCGGCUCCAUCGUCCGUUACUUUUGUAAUAAUUCUUAUGCACUCAGCGGAAACCAAGAAAGAACCUGUUUGGAAGGAGGAAACUGGUCUGGGAAGCAGCCGAUCUGUAUUAAAGCUUGCAAGGAACCUAAGAUCUCCGACUUGGUGCGUCAGAAAGUCCUUCCAUCACUUGUCCAAUCGCGGGAGACCCCGCUUCACCAGUUAUACUCAUCCGCGUUCACCAAGGAAAAGAAAAAUGACAUAUACCCCACGAAAAAGCCCGCUCUCCCUCCCGGGGAGCUGCCCCAGGGGUAUCAUCAUUUACACACGCAGCUCCAGUAUGACUGCAUAUCUCCAUUCUACCGGCGCAUCGGGAGCAGCAGGAGAACCUGUCUGAAGACGGGGAAGUGGAGCGGACGAGCCCCAUCCUGCAUCCCUAUUUGCGGAAAACUGGAAAACUUCAGCAUUUCCAAGGUAGCCGAGACGAGGUGGCCGUGGCAGGCAGCUCUUUACCGAAGAUCUAACGGCGUAAGAGACGUCAAUUUGAGGAAAGGCUCCUGGGUUCUGGUGUGCAGCGGCGCUCUGCUGAACGAGCGCACGGUGGGAAUAGCAGCUCACUGCGUGACCGAUCUGGGCAAGAGUUCAGUCAUCAAGGUGUCCGACCUGAAAGUUGUGCUGGGAAAAUUCUACCGAGACGAGGACCGCGAAGAAAAGAGCCAGCAGCAUUUACGUAUUUCUGCGCUGAUCGUGCACCCAAACUACGACCCGAUCCUGUUGGAUUCCGACGUUGCUGUCAUCAAGUUGCUGGACAAGGCUAGAGUGAGCGAUCACGUGCAACCCGUGUGUCUCACCUCCGAUCUGGGGUCACCAACAACCAACAACGAAAUAGUCAUCAGCGGCUGGAGGAUCCUAGUUGACCCAAAGGUUCCAGGGUACAAGAACGAGACGAUUCGGGCUGGGGUAGUGGAGCCCGUGGACUCCAUACAAUGCGAGCAGCAGUAUGAGGAGAAUGGCAUCUCCGUAAGCGUGACAGAGAGCAUGUUCUGUGCCAAGCAAGCACCAGGAACGUCUUCCAGUAUCUGCCCUUCAGAGACUGGUGGGAUUGCCACCAUGCUGCUGCCGAGCACGACAUCACCUGAAGGGACCUGGCACCUUCUAGGACUGGUCAGCUGGGGCUAUGACAAGACCUGCAGUCGGGAACUAUAUACUGGAUACACAAAAGUGGUCGCUUUUAAGGAGUGGCUUGAAAAAAAUUUGAAAUAAACAUGUGCCGUUAAAAGGUUUGGCGGACCUAAUAAUGGCCUCCGUUGGACAUCAUAAGACAAGCCGGGCUAAUCGCAGGAGUAAAUUGCUUUGAUUUCCAAACUUUUUAAGGACAGAUACUAGCAGAAAUAUCAUUCAUCUCAACAUUUAUAUCUAGACUUAUUGAGUAUCUUCUCGGAUAUUCUAGUUAUCGCGUACCAUAAGAACAUAGCAAAAAAAGCCUCUUCACCUCUGGUCCCAGAUAUGAGAAUGAUGGAACGCGGCAUAACCUAAAAAACCUGUUCAUCGGUGAAUGAUGUCUAUAGGAUGAGAUACAGAGGAAUUUUGGAUCAUGAUUCCUCAAUAGGUACUUUUGUAAUGGUUUAUGGGCGGCAUUUGGUUUAGCAGAUUUAUAAUUGUCAGGGCUGCGCUCUACCAAGUUGAUGGAUAUGGGUUAUGGUUCCCCUAUAAGCCUG